UCUGGGAAACAUAAUAAACUAAAUUCAACAAAUAAAUUUUUUGUCAUUUAAUUGAAAAAUUAUAAACAAAAUUAAUUUAAUCUUAAAAUUUAAUUGUAAAAUUAUGAACACAAAAUACCAACCACCAAAGAGUCCAUAUCAUAAGCAUGAAUUCAACAUCUGUACUGAACCGACAUCUUUUGAUCCACUAUUUAUGGAGAAUAUAAAUGAUGUGGCGGAUACAUUGGUUGAGAUUAUGAUUAUAUGUGGCAUACACCGCUGCAAGGCCAAAGCAUCAAAAUCUACAGUAAUCAAAUCAUUCCAAUUUUACGAUAUCAAACGACAUCGCUUUGAUGUUGCCAUCGAAAAUGAGAAAGGAAUUUCUAGGAAUGAUAUGAUUUGUAAUUUUCAAUGUAAAUGCAUGAUGACUUAUAUUGAAGCGUUGCUGGCUUAUGGCAUCGUUAAGAGAGCUGUAAAAGCUUUUUAUCACGGAACUCCUGACUUUAGUAUACGGAGUCCUAUAACAGAAGCUGUCAUUUUAAAGGAACAAGAAUUCAUAUGGCAACAUGCGGCCACAAGAACCGUUCAAUUAUUUGAACCAUACGAGCAUAUAUUUUUCAAUGCACAUCAAAAUUACGCCCAGUUAAUUGUAAAAAUCUACAAAGAAUUACAUAAUCGUAUAAAAAGUCGUGCUGAUCCUGUUCUAAUUGAAGAUUAUCAUCCCAGAGGUUGUGUCAAGAAAGUAGUUAUUGGUACAAAAUCGCCACCCAAAUUGGAUGGGGAAAAACCAAGAUGUGUAGAGAAAUGUGGCAAAAUUGAAGAAAUGAAAAAUUAUAUUAAAAUUUUGCCGGACAAAAAGUUUCCAUUAAAAAAUGUAUCUAAAUCUUGCGAAUUUAUUUUUGGUUAUAAAAAAUUAUCGCCACCACCACUACCACCUUCAGAAGCACAAACAAAUAUAAAGAAAACAGCCAAAAAAUAUGAAGUGAAUUUGCCGCGUUGUUACCAAUGCAAUUGUCCAAAAUUGAUUUGUGAUUGUGAUAUUGAAACAGAUACUGGCAUACUAGCCAUCGAAUGUUCCCAGGGGCCCUACCAAUGUCAAUGGGUAAGAAUUGAUAAGAAUGACAAACCAGAUCCUUGUAUAGAAAAAAGAGAAUUACAUCAGUGUCCAAUCGAUUGUCCAACUUCUGAAAGUUCUAGUGAAGAAGAUGAAAAUCAAUGGUGUGAGUGUUCAGAAGGAAAUGAAUCUGAUGAAAAUCGAGAAACGGUGGAAGAGCAAGAGUUUGAAGAAACUGAUAAUGAAGAAUCUUUCGAAAGAUUAAUGCCUAAAAAUUUGCCAAAACGUAAAUCCACAUAUGAGUGUGAAAAAAGAGAAAUUAGUAAAUUACCAAUUAUGAAAUUUCAAGUCGUAAAUUAGCUAAUUUACUUGUCUGUAAAUAUAACAUUCUUAUUUAUUUUGGACUUGGGCCAUUAAUAGAAUUGAAAAAGUUGUUGUUUGCUCAAAAGAGCGAUUCUAGUAGAACCGCUCCUAAAGAAACCGUUUCUAGUGGAUCCUGUUUUAGAAUUACUAAAGUGAGAACUGGUGUUUAAUUUAUAUGGGAGAAGCUUAUAUAGUUGCCUGUGCAAAAUUUCAGAUUUGUUGUAUUUAUGGGAAGUGUCAUGCCCCUAUUGAUAGUCCGGUUAUUUGUAAAUUGUUAACAUUGCGCAUUCAAGCUUAUGGAAAGAAUUACACUCUAGAAAUCCCCCAAUUUAUUAGAUAAAUGUCAAAAUUGUUCGUGCAAAAUUUGAGCAUUGUAGCUCCAAUUGUGAUCCGGUAACAUAGACAGCUACUUACAUUUGCUUCGAUAGUUCCUAAAUACACGAAUUUUUUAAUAUAAUUUAUAUUGGAAGUACAACUCCCAUUUUUGAUCUAGUCCACCCAUAUAUUGAUAUCAAUGUGGUUGGGAGGAAAUUUGAGUAAUUUUAUAGUUUCACUAAUUUUAUAUGCAAUAAUAUACAUCAUUCACCGCUAAAUUGCCGACUGAAGAAAAACAAAUUGCUAAGAAUGCCAUGAUUUUCAUUUUCGAAACAGAUAAUUGAAAUUUUUAUUUAAGAAGUAGUUACUUUAUCAAAAAACCUAAGCUAUUUUGAAUUUAUAUUGUAAGCUUUUCAGCUCAACGUUUUAAAUUAAUUCAUAAGUUUAAUUCAAAGUAAAUUAUUGAAUUUAGAUAAAUAUAAAAUGCAAAGUCAUUUGGGUCUAAAAUAUUUAGUAUAAAAUCAACAGAUGCCACCGCUGGAAUUUCUAAACAAAUAAACAAAU